ACUGUCGCGCGUCGAUAUCAAUGCGUUAAGCGUGCGUGCAAAUUACACGUGGAUGACAAGAAAAAGUUGAACUUCUAACUAACUCAAGAAAUUCUAUCGAUUUGUAGUCCGUGUCGUGGACUUAGACCUAGAAUUUUAUUUUAUUUCAGCUUACAAUAACGUAGGUGAAAAAAAAUUCAAGAAAAUCAUGCCGAAACAGAAGAGUAAGCAAACACUAGUUGCAAGCAGCGGCUCUGAAUCUGACGAGCCUACUCCCAAGAAGGCAAAGACUGCUGCCAAGAAACCUGCCAAGAAAUCAGCUGAUGAAAAUGACACUUCCGACAUGUUUUCACUAUCCAGACAGAGAUUUGUGAAUGUGAGGGAGUUUCGUGGUAAAGUCCUUAUUGAUAUCCGUGAGUACUAUGAGCCAGAGGUUGGCGAUCUCAGGCCUGGAAAGAAAGGAAUCAGCUUGACGGUGGAUCAGUGGAGGAAGCUUGUCAACCAGAUUGAUGAAAUUGAUGCCAGGAUCGAAGAGAUGGCUUGAGAUUUUUUUUAUAUAUCCUGUCCUUUUAUUUGUAAGAUUUGCAAUUUAAGCCCCAAUUAAGAAAAGUGUCAAAGAAAAAUAAUGUUAAUCUCGUAAAAUGUCUGUACUACUGGACACUAAACAAAUAUUUAAGCAUUAAUUAAAUAUAUAUUGCACCAAUCUUCAAGGUCCAAUAGCUCGCAUCACGUAAUGUACAUGUAAUGAAGUCUGGUUAGCCAUCCUGUUCUUUUAUAACAAGUUUUCUGUCUGGGUUGGUAUUCUGAAAUUAUAUAUCUUGAAACACAACUUCACUCCUGCAAUUGUCAAAGAAGAAAAAAUAAAUAAAGGUACACACUUGUGGUGGAUGCAAACAAUACAAAUCAUUGCCCAUGGGCAAGACCAUAAUUUUAAAGUGUGCUCUUCAUGUAUGCAAAUGGAGUACCCAAUUUCUCACUGCUUGGACAAUUUAAGGAAGAUAAAAGAUGAAAUUAAUUUAGACUUUUGAUAAUAUUAUGCCCCUUUUUGACUUUAUAAUUUACUCCAUUGGCUCUCUUUUAUUAGAUAAGCAGUUUUCAGCAGCUUCUUUUUGCCAUUUUAAAGUAGUGUAGAUUGUAGAUAUAUUCCAUUGACUGUGAAUAUAUGCAGCUUUGGGGUACGUUGAUGUAAAUUUUUGAUGCAGCUUUUUAAUUGAUACUACAGUACAUGUGUAGGUUAUCUUUUUUUUCUGAUUUAAACUUUAUGACAUGUUUAGCUCGAAGCAUAUCACCAUUAUCUUUUCAUAAUUUGGUUGUCAUUUACACAGAUUUAGCUCUAAGCUUAUCAUUACACUAUUGUAAUUAUUAUUUUGUCUUGUGGUUUGAAGGCUGUAUGCUUCUCAUAUUUCCAUCAUUUCAUUAUUAUUUUGUUUCUGUUUGGUGUCAAUGAUGAAAAUGUUCCUGCAGCUCAAAGCUGUUUGCAUCACUAUAACCAUGAUUUUAUUAACAUCUUUUCAUUAAAGGUAUUUCUCAUUUUGAAAUUGGUAUGAAUUUGUUGUAUAUGUAGUAUAUUCCUGUCCGACAAAAAUGAUGAUAGAUUCUGUCAAAGUUUCUGUCUUAAGUAGAGUAAAUCCUCCCUAUCAAAGAUGCCCAGUAUUUGAAGUUUUGUGAUGCAGAGAAUGGGUCCAAUUAUAUUUUUAUGAAUUAUAAUGAAAUACACAUGUACCAAUAUCAUUGGAAUGGAAUUCUGCUUAAAGCUAUCUCCUGUCUACCAUAUAUUCUCCUAAGAUAUCCUUUGGCAUAAUAAAUGAUGAUAUUUGGGUGCCCAAAUGAACUGCACCUGAAUACCUUAAUGGUGGUUAGCAUCUGUAUUUACUAAUCAAUUUGCCCAUUUUUGCCAAGAGCAUGUAUGUAGAUACAUAUAUGGAAUAUUUCAUAAUUUCAUAAUAACAUUGUGCUAAAACAUGACUUGCAGUAUUUGAUUUAUAACAUUUUUAUUCAACGUUCUUUAUUCUUAUUUCAUGAACCUGCAUCUGUAAUAUGAUUUUUUUAAUUGCCAAUCUUCAUCCAUAAUUAAAGAAUUGUAUCCCCAUAUGUGCUUUGCAUUAUUAAAAGUUAAUGUAGAAACGCACCAUUUUCUGUAACGCAUGCAUAGGUUUAUGUUUUGUGGUAUUUAGAGAAAAAUGCAUUUAGUUCUGAUAUUUCAUAUUGUAAUUAAUCUUUACCAAAGGUCUUCCAAGACUGACCCUGAUAUGUUAUUUUGAUGAGGAUUUGUGGUCCAGUUCUACAUUGUAGUUUGUUAAAUGUUUUUCAGUGGUAGAAGAAAAUAGAAGGAAUGUGCCUCAAUGCCAUAACAAUAGAUGUCAAACAGAGGAGGUUUUUUUUUCUCUCUUUGAGAUUAAAUUUGAAUACAUUUUCAUCAUUUUGUUCAUUUCAUAUACACAGAUUUUUUCAAAAAUUUUAAUUUCAUCAAAUUCUUCAGUCAUUUAAGAUUACAAAGUACAUGAGGUACCCAUUUCAUAACAAAUUUUUGAUUAUGGUAACAGAGUUCAGUAGCCAAUCAAAAUUGAGUUUAUCAUGGAAGUUCUUACCAUGAUGGCAAAGUAACCAUCAUAAGUGUGAGAUAUUUAUGAAAUAGGUCACAGAGCAUUGAUAGAUAAAUGUGUAUCAGUGGGAAGUUUUGGGGAAAAAGUGGAUUUCUGCUCACCAGUUGACUGACUGUAAGUUUUUUUUUAAGAAUUCCAGGAUGUGAACUGAUAGACAAAGUGGGAUUAUCGGUGACAGGUCAUUUAUUCACACAAUCAAUAUGACCUCUUUUUGUGCAAAAGAGGUGUGAACACCCUGGUGGGUUUUCAUCAGUAUUUUUCAUUUGACAAGUUGUCUAGAGCUGACUAUCCAUGGUUUUGAUUGGCUAAGAAGCACAAUUGUGUGAACAAUAGUCUAUAAAUCAUCAUUGCUGACAACUUUCAUGAAAACAGUCCCCCAGUAGCUCUCUAUCUUUGCAAUUGUUUAUUAUUUUUUAUUUGCUUAUUGAAAUAAGAUUAGUUUUGAUAAAUUGCUCAUCUAGAGUUCUAGAAUGGUAAUAGACAACAGAACCAUGAAAAAAAAAUCUUAUUCUGUUUAGGCUUGAUUGUAUUACUAUAAGGUACUUUGUUCUUUUGUGCAGGAAUCCCACAAGCGUCUUUUCAUCCCCAAUCCUCACAUUUCAUCAAAGUCAAAAUAAUAGAGAAUGGGGCAAAGAUGCUGAGAAAAGAUGCAUGGAUGGUGCAUUUGUAGUGGGAUUCCUGCUAAAAAUGUGCCACAUACUUGACAAGUUACCUUAGGAGGAGGUGUCAAAAUGGACGUGUAUGACUAGACUAGAAUCUUAAUUCCUUUAGAAUUUGCCCAUUAAGAGUGACCACUGAUUGUAGUGCAUGGGCUUUUGUUUUCAUCAAGAAUGUUAUUCAUAAAUUGUAAUAUGUAGAGAUUAAUAUUUAAUAUACAAGAUUCAUUCAUACUUGAAAUAAAAAAAGCACAUUGUAUGUA